AUGAGACUUCUACGGACGCGUCGCCUCGGCUUCAUAGGCCAAGGUCAACCAGUUGUCAUCCUCGUGGCCAUUGCCGCUGGGUUUGGUAUGCUUCUGCUAGGAUAUGACCAAGGUGUCAUGGCAGGCCUUAUAGGCUCGGCAGGGACCCCGUUCAGCAACACGUUCAAAGACCCGGAUGAGACAACACUUGGUCUCAUGGUUGCUAUAUAUGAGAUUGGGUGUUUUGCUGGUGCUGUGUUUUCCUUCAUCUGGGGUGAAACUUUCAGUCGACGUGCUUGCAUGCUAUGCGGAGUCUUUGUCAUGGUUGUCGGUGCAACCCUACAGACGGUAGCUCAAAACAUGGACCAGCUUAUUGCAGGCCGUGUUAUUACCGGAUUGGGAAACGGGUUGAACUUUUCAGCAAUCCCUACAUGGGCCUCUGAGAUCUCUGGCCACGAUGAACGAGGUAAGGUCGCCGCUUAUAAUGGCUGGUUGAUCAUUUGGGGAGUUGUCAUAGCCUACUGGGUGGACUACGGCUGCGCAAAUUACGUGAACGACAUGCAGUUUAGGUUUCCAAUUGCUCUGCAGAUGUUGUUCGGUCUAAUAAUGGCAUUCAUGGUUGUGUUCCUACCCGAGUCGCCAAGAUGGCUUAUCAGCAAAGGAUAUGACCAAGAAGCUCGAGAAGUCCUUGAAUGGAUCACUCCUAAGCAGAAAGAUUCGACAGAUGCUGAACACUCCGCCACAAUCGAAGCUUGUCAUCAGACGAUUAUUGCAACGAGGGAAAUGGAAAACAGUGCCGAGGGAGAAUUUUCUUUUAAAGAGCUACUGCAUGGAGGGAAGACCCAAAACCUACGGAGGAUGAUCUUGUGUGCUGGUGUGAUGGCUGUUCAACAACUGAGCGGGCAAGUAUUUCACCCAUUGUACUGCUACAGUAGAGGGAACCCUAUUGACAAUUUUUACAGAAUCAACCUGUUAACUUAUUACAUUUCAUAUGUUCUUCAAAACUCUGUCGGUCUCAGCAGGCAGCUUGCGCUUUUAAUUGGCGGCAUUAACGGGAUUGAGUAUCUUGUGGCAUCAAUGAUUCCAAUGUGGACCAUUGAACGGGUUGGGCGAAGAAAGCUGUUGCUCAUAAGCGCCAUAGGCCAAACCGUCUCGAUGACAGUACUAUCUGGCGCCAUUUGGUACGUCACGAUGCGACCCGACGGUGCCGCAAAUUACGCCAUGGGAAUUGUCGCUGUGGCAUGUUUCUUCCUGUUUAAUACCUUCUACGCCCAGGGCUUCUUGGCGAUCCCAUUCUUCUACCCUGCCGAGAUUACAACUCUUCGUACUCGAAGUAAAGGUGUCUCUAUCUCUGUCAUGAGUAAUUGGAUCUUCACCUUUCUUGUGGUCAUGAUCACACCCGUGUGCACUGCCAAAAUUGGCUGGAGGACCUACAUCAUUUUUGCCGUCUUGAACUUUUCAUUUAUUCCAGUCAUAUAUUUCUUCUUCCCCGAGACCGCCGGACUUUCUCUCGAAGCACUGGACAACGUUUUCGACCACCCGGGCAUCACCCGCGGAGUGCUCAGCAAACAGCACCGCAAAGCGAUGCUGGAAAUGUCAAAGCCGGAACUCAACAUGGCAAACAUCUCGGCGGUGAAGUUGGAUAAGCAAGAAAUCGAAACUGUGGAAUCGGAACGGGAGGAGACCUCGCGCGCAUGA